AUGAGCAAUUGUGAGAUUUCUGAUAGUUUUUUAGAAUCCUCAAAUGUUCUCAAGCGUAAGAAAGAGGACUGUCAAGAAGAACUGCUGGAGGCAGAGAUAAAAAGGGUCGCGCUUGAUGAUGCAGAUGAAGAAAGCAAGAGCAACCAAACUGACAAAUUAGAAGAGGAGUUGGAAGAUCGAAACGUUGAAAAUAAGGUGACUGAUGCGUCUCAGACCGACACAGGAACUGACAGUGGGGACAACCUAGAUAAGGACUAUAUUCAUUUGCGAAUGUUGUGUCUGGUGAAACAAGCGUCAAUGAUUGUAGGUCCCGGCGGGGAGAAAAUAUCUAAAAUGAAAUCUGAAACCCACACAAGGAUAAAUGUUUCCGAUAAUAUUCGCGGUGUUCCUGAACGAGUUAUAUUCAUAAGGGGCCGGUGUGAGGACGUUGCCAAGGUAUUUGGGAUGAUCGUACGCGCGAUUAACGGCGAAAAAGGUGGAGAACCUGCUCAAAACUCUAUACCUUUGACAAUAAAUGUAUUGGUUCCACACCAUAUGAUGGGCUGCGUGAUCGGAAGGCAAGGGUUACGCCUGCGAGAAAUUGAAGAAUUGAGUGCUGCAAAGCUUUCGACGGGGCCGCAAACAUUGCCGAUGUCUAAUGAUAGAAUACUAUCGGUUACAGGUGUUGCAGAUGCAAUUCAUAUCGCAACUUACUAUUUGGGUCAGACUAUACUAAAUCACAGGAUGACAUUCGCAGCCAAAAAAUGCAUUUUUUACUCGCCCAACUUGCUAAAUCCAGUGCUAGUUAACGAUUACGGCGUCAAUUUACAACACCAGCAACAGCACCAGUACCGCCCAGGUGAGAAUGGAAAAAGAAGACUUUACCGCAUGUCAUUACCUAGUCACCAAGACUUUUCGUACGGCUAUGCGGCUGUCUCUUCCCCCACCACGGCUUUGGUGCCGCCAUUGGCCGUUCAAAAUGUAAGGGUUUCUGAAACACUCACAAACGCACCGAUGGCUUCACCGAUAACUCCCCCACUGGGCUUGGUCCAACAGGAAAUCUAUAUCGACAAUAAUUACGUCGGAAAUGUGAUAGGAAAGGGUGGAAAGCAUAUAAACUCUGUGAAAGAAAGUACUGGCUGCUCCAUACUGAUAGAUGACCCCGUAGCUGGGUCUGAAGAGCGCAAAAUUGUUAUUAGAGGAACCCCGGUAGGCGUCCAAACCGCCAUCUUUUUGAUAAACAACAAGAUCGAAACGGACAAGAGAAAUAAAGAAUCUAAUGAAAAAAGAGAAGUAACUCCUAUGAGUGCAUAG